AUGGCGCUCAUCGGACCAGCAGGGUCUGCCGGAUUGGGCUUGUCAGUGUCGCCACCGGCGCAUGUAGGAUUCCGGCGUCACACGAUUCCGACCACUUACGCAACCUUAUCAAGCCAAACUCCGACGACCGGUGAAAAAGAGGUGGAUUGGGUGGAGGCAACUUCAAGUUUCUUCCAAAAUGAUUCUCGACCCAUCAUGUUAUUUGACGGUGUUUGCAACUUGUGCAAUGGAGGUGUGAAAUUUGUUCGUGACAAUGAUAGAAGAAGGAGGAUGAGAUUUGAAGCCCUACAAAGUGAUGCAGGCAAGAAAUUGCUAAGAAGAUCUGGAAGAGCUCCUGAUGACAUUUCAAGUGUUGUGUUGGUUGAGAAAGAAAGGUCCUACAUCAAGUCAGAAGCUGUGCUCAAGAUCAUGGAAUACAUAGACUUGCCCUAUCCUCAAAUGGCAUUUCUUUUGCAGUUUGUUCCGGUCUUCAUAAGGGAUUUCUUCUAUGACAACGUUGCGAAUAAUCGUUAUGCAUUCUUCGGUCGCUCAGAAUCAUGCGAAUUGGAGUAA